UACAUGUCUGCCUCAAGCCUGCCGGGAGUUAGGAGGGGGAGAGAAACCUUCCAGGGAGAGCGAGGCAGGGGGGGAGGAGGUUUUUGCGUGUGAAAACCGGACAUGCACUCCAAUACAAGUCGACUUUAUAGCAGACUGACGCAGCUUUUUGGGCACUACUUUUCUACGCGGUGCUAACUGCGGAUGAUGCUCCGCUACGUUGCCCCUGAAAACUUACGUGAUUGUUUUUUAAAAUUUUCAUUUAUUUAUUUUUGUCUCCCGUAGUAGCGAGAGGCUGCAUUUGGAGUUGUGCGAAUCUCUUGGUUGGAAUAGGAUUACGCGUGAAGGAAGAUUAUCGAUGAAUAAGUCAGCGUUUUCUCCUGGGAACUUAAUCAUUUUGUCGCACGUCCUUUCCUUGUCCAGUUUGGGAUGAGUCGCCUGUUGUAACCCGUCAGCUUGUUGACAAGCAGUUUUUAAACAUAAAAAAAAGAAAAAAGAAAACAUUCUCUUAACAACAAGCGGACAUAAGAUGUCGUCGCCGAGGUUUAAAAAGGAUAAAGAAAUCAUCGCGGACUACGAGAGUCAAGUGAAAGAGAUCCGGGCCCAGUUAGUGGAGCAGCAGAAAUGCAUGGACCAGCAGACAGACAUGAGGGUCCAGCUGCUGCAGGACCUUCAGGAUUUCUUCAGGAAGAAGGCAGAGAUUGAGAUGGAAUACUCCAGAAACCUUGAGAAACUGGCUGAACGCUUCAUGGCCAAGACUCGCAGCACGAAAGACCAUCAGCAGUACAAAAAAGACCAGAAUCUCCUGUCCCCUGUCAACUGUUGGUACCUGCUGCUGAACCAGGUGAGGAGGGAGAGUAAGGACCAUGCCACUCUAAGCGACAUCUACCUGAACAAUGUCAUCAUGAGGUUCAUGCAGAUUAGUGAGGACUCCACACGACUACUUAAGAAGAGCAAGGAAAUAGCAUUCCAGCUCCAGGAAGACUUAAUGAAGGUCCUUAAUGAGCUAUACACGGUGAUGAAGACGUACCACAUGUAUCACUCAGAGAGCAUUAGUGCAGAGAGCAAACUGAAGGAGGCUGAGAAGCAAGAGGAGAAGCAGAUUGGUAGGGGAGAUCCAGUUUUCAGCAUCCGCAUGGAGGACAAAUACCAGAAGCGCAACUCUGUGAAGAAGAUUGAGAAAAUGAAGGAGAAGCGUCAAGCCAAGUACUCUGAGAACAAAAUGAAGUCGAUCAAAGCACGAAAUGAGUACCUCCUGACACUGGAAGCCACCAACUCGUCUGUUUUCAAGUACUACAUCCAUGACUUGUCAGACCUAAUUGACUGCUGUGAUUUGGGAUACCAUGCCAGUUUGAAUCGAGCCUUGCGGACUUACCUGUCAGCUGAAUACAACCUGGAGACAUCUCGCCAUGAAGGUCUUGACAUAAUUGAAAAUGCAGUUGACAGUCUGGAUCCGAGAAGCGACAGACAAAGGUUUAUGGAGAUGUUCCCCACGGCCUUCUGUCCGCCUGCAAAAUUUGAGUUUCAGGCUCACAUGGGAGAUGAGGUUUGUCAGAUCUCAGUGCAGCCGCCAGUGAAUGGAGAGCUAAUACUGAGGUUCCAGCAGCUGCAGUCUCGCCUGUCUACUCUGAAGAUUGAAAACGAAGAGGUGAAAAAAACAUCAGAGGCCACUCUCACCACCAUUCAGGACAUGGUGACCAUUGAGGAUUAUGACGUCUCGGAGUGCUUCCACCACAGCAGAUCAACUGAGUCGGUCAGGUCCACUGUGUCAGAGACAUACCUCAGCAAACCGAGCAUUGCGAAGAGGAGGGCCAACCAGCAGGAGACUGAGCAAUUCUACUUCAUGAAAUUCCGUGAGUUUCUGGAGGGCAGCAAUCUCAUCUCCAAACUGCAGGCCAAACAUGAUUUGCUGAAGAGGACACUUGGUGAAGGCCACAGAGCUGACUACAUGACCACAAGACAUCCCAAUGGGCUGUUCAAAACCCACACUGGCACCAGGCGGGCUAGACCCCGCUCUGUUUUUAAUGUUAGGUUAUUUAAUGGAAAUAUGGAGUCAUAUAUCAAGGAUUCUGGGCAAGCUAUUCCACGUGUGGUUGAGAGCUGCAUUCGCUACAUAAAUUUGUAUGGCCUCCAGCAUCAGGGAAUAUUUCGAGUAUCUGGAUCCCAGCUGGAAGUCAAUGACAUUAAAAAUUCAUUUGAAAGAGGAAAUGACCCUCUGAUAGACGAUGAGAGUAAUCAUGACAUCAACUCGGUGGCAGGCGUGCUUAAACUCUAUUUCCGUGGCCUGGAGAACCCUCUUUUCCCCAAAGAGAGAUUCAGUGAACUGCUGUCCUGCAUCCGAAUAGAAAAUCUGUAUGACAGAGCGCUGUACAUCCGCAAGAUCCUCCUGACCAUUCCCAGAUCAGUCCUUGUUGUGAUGCGGUACCUCUUUGCGUUCCUCAACCACCUAUCUCAGUACAGUGACGAGAACAUGAUGGAUCCAUACAACCUGGCCAUUUGCUUUGGGCCUACACUCAUGCCCACACCGGAGAGCCAGGACCAAGUCUCCUGCCAGGCCCACGUCAACGAGAUCAUCAAGACCAUUAUCAUUCACAAUGAGCCAAUCUUUCCUGAUGCCAAAGAACUGGAUGGGCCUGUCUAUGAGAAGUGCAUGGCAGGGGGAGAUUAUUGUGAGAGUCCCUAUAGUGAGCAUGGAGUAUUGGAGGAGGUUGACAAUGAGGGAGGCACAGAGACACACACCAGUGAAGAUGAAGGUGAGCCUAUUGAAGCCAUUGCCAAGUUUGAUUACGUCGGGCGCUCCUCCAGAGAGUUGUCCUUCAAGAAGGGUGCCUCGCUGCUUCUCUACCAGCGGGCGUCAGAAGACUGGUGGGAGGGGCGGCACAACGGCAUUGAUGGCCUGGUGCCACACCAGUAUAUUGUGGUCCAGGACAUAGAUGACAACUUCUCGGACACGCUGAGCCAGAAGGCUGACAGCGAGGCCAGCAGCGGUCAUGCUGGAGAGGAUAAAUGCUCGGGAAAAGACAUCACUUCAUCCACUGACACCAGGAUCUCUGAGGCCUUUAUCACCAGCAGGCACAGAAAACGAUCCGACCCACCCUCCCGCCGCCCCCCUGCCCGCCCCAGUGACGUCCACUGCACAGUGCAUCCCUCCCAGCAGGGCCAUCCCGCACACGGAGGCACCCCCGAGAUGGGCUCCCCAGUUCUAGGCCACUUCAAUCCGCGCGACAUGCUGCGGGGCCAUAACCAUUUGCCCGUGGACAGCCCCGAGCGCCGGCGCCGCACCGGCCACGGCAGCCUGACCAACAUCAGUCGGCACGAGUCCCUGAAGAAGAUGGAAAGCCCGCCUAUCCGCCGCUCCACCUCGUCUGGCCAGUACACGGGCUUUAGUGAGGCCCACCACCACCACCAUCACCGCCACCACCACGGUGGCAAACCUCUGGACCCGGAGACCAUCGCACAGGACAUAGAAGAAACUAUGAACACUGCUCUAAAUGAGCUGCGUGAAUUGGAGCGCCAGAGCUCGGCCAAGCACGCCCCUGACGUGGUGCUCGACACUUUGGAGCAGAGGCAAGCCCCGGGCGGCGGCGGCCCCACGCCGGCCAGCUCCAGCGAGUCCCUCGGCCCCCCCAUACACGGAGUCAUGUUGAGGUCUACCGCCAACACGGAGCCGCCGUUCCGCCGCAGCACCGGCUCGACCAACGACAGCAUGAGCACCUUCAAACCCGCGGUGGCGCCCCGCAUGGGCGUGCAGCUCAGGCCGCCCGCUUUGAGACCCAAACCGAUGGUCCUACCCAAGGUCGGUCAGGUAUCGCAACCUCCUGCUACGUUGCCCCAGGAUCCUUUGGACAAAUCCUGCACCAUGUAAUGUUUGAAAUGCAAAAGAAUGGGCCUCCAACCAGCAACAUCCACUGGGGCUGCAGAAUACACGUAGCAGAUACUUUAUCAAAUGGUCAAACGUUUGGAACUUUUUUCCUCCAAACAAUUCCUCUGAGGUUUGUGUUUUUAGAAUUGCAUGGCAGGCCGAAUCCAAUGCUCUUGCAGGCUGUAUGUGGCACAUGCACCCUAGAUUCCCCACCACUGCUCUAUAUAGUGGAAGAUAUUGUCACAGUUAGAAAAAUAAAGACAGCUGUAAUUUCAGUCCCCACAGUCAGACAAGACUUAUUGUGUGAUACGUUUGGUAUCAACUUCAACAACAAAUCACAAAGGCUUCCCUUAGCACAGCAUAGAAAGUAUCCACUAGUUAGGUUAGAGGUUGUAAGAAGUGGACACAUCACGGCGCAUAUAAUGUUUAUCAGUCAGGCAAGAAACCAGACGACCACAAUCUGGAGUGUUUUUACCUAGCUAGCCUCUCCGUUGAAGUGUUGUGAAUGCUACCUUGCCAUUACAAAGCUGCUGUGAUGAGAAGUGAAGUGCUGCUUGACCUGAUUAACUUUGCGGUACUCUGUUGAGAUUUGAAUCAUUGAUGUGAAGUGCAACUGGUGUCAUUUUGGUGUGUGGUGCAGUAGCUAUAUUGCUUUUGGACAGUUGGAGAAAACCACUACUUCAUGAUGAACUAUAUCUCAGCAUGAUACUUUUGUAGACAUCUCCUGAAGUACUUACAAAAAGUGGCUGAACAGUUGGACAUGUAUACUACAGUACGUUGAAAAGCUUAGAAUAAGUUACCUAUAAAGGUUUACAGUGCAUUUUAGGUUCAUACUGAAAUGUCACCUGUUAGCCGAAUAUUGCUAUCGUAGAUGAAAUACAGUAUGCAAUCAAUACGAUGUGGAAUGCAAAGGUGUAGCUAAGUUGGCAUCAUAGCCAAAGACACGAAGUUGAAGCAUGGAUGUGGACCCUCCGAAGGAUGUAUUUACUCUAGUUCCUCUUCACGGAGACUCACAGGUGUCACAUGGACCUAAAAAAAAAAAAAAAGUCUCACUGGCUCGACAGAAAUCGUGCGUGUAUAUUCAGGAAAAGUGAAAUAGUUUUACUAACUCAUUAUUUUUGUAAUCUUUAUUUUGUGUUUCUGAGUAGAACUGAUAUAGACUAGAAAGCAAACGAUGUACAAUGAGCGAGCAACCCUGUGGACAAAAAGUGCUUUUGCCAUACUGAAAUGACAUAUGUAAUUGUGAAAGUGCCUUCAAAGAUGUCUCUGGAAAUUCAUUCAUGUAUUUAUCCAGUCUCCGUAUGCUGAGAAGACACACGCACGAAUACGUGUGAUGAUGCCAUACUCGAGAGUUAAAUGACAACAUUUCUAGACUUGAGCAGCUCACCCACUGCACAUUUAAGUAUGUAAAUGUAGAUAAGGCAUGUAACAACAUAAAAGAGAUGCUUGAGGGCUUAUAAACCUCAAAGGAUUUCUUUCUAAUAAAUGAAAUAGUUUGUCCAGUC